AUGAAGGAGAACGAAAGUGAAGGAAAAAGAUUGAGAAGAGAGGGGAAACUCAAGGAGAUUGUGAAGCAGAGAUAUAAGGAAAUUGAGGCUCCCAUUUGCAAAGGGUGCGCUAAAAUCAUUCAUGUUCCAGCCUAUGUUCGCGAAACUUGUGAUAACGAUUUUUAG